CGUGAGAUUCUACGAGAUCUGCGUGCCAUCAAAACCCGAAGACUCGACGAUAGCAUCUGACAGUAUUUUCGUUUAUAAUCCCUGUUAAUCAUUUCACGGACCCGUUUUACAAGAACGAACAAAGUCUGUAAACCGUGCCACCGUGACGCGAUUUUGUUUUGAACGUGACCACUUGUAAUAAAACCUGGAGCCACCUUUUGUGACCCAUUUAUUGUGGACCGGGCUGUGGCUAUAGCUAAUGCUAGCUCUCAAACAUCAACAGGAAGUAGCGGCCGAGCUAAAAGCUAAUGUCUUGCACUUUGAGCUCUCCAGACAUGAAUUGUACUUUGGAGAAAGUCCUGGCCGACGCCAAAUCAUUGGUGGAACGGCUCCGUAACCACGACAACGCCGCAGAGCUGUUAAUCGAGCAGACGACAUUCCUCAACAAGCGGGUGGAUGCCAUGAAGCAGUACCAAGUGGAGAUUGACACCCUAAACCAGGUGGCACGUCAUCGGCCUCGAUCCAGUCUGAUCCUGGGCAUCCAACAGGAAAAUCGUCAAAUCAGAGCUCUCCAACUGGAAAACAAAGAGUUGCGGACAUCAUUGGAGGAACACCAGUCUGCGCUGGGACUCAUCAUGAACAAAUAUAAGGAGCAGAGGUUCAGGCUGCUCAUGGCAAGGAAGAGGGACGAUCCCACUAUUAUGACACAACUGAAGGAGCAGCACACAACGGAACUCCAAGCACAUGCCGACAAGAUCAACGAGAUGGCGUCCGUGAUGAGGAAAGCCAUCGAGGUGGACGAGGGGCGGCUAUGUCAAGAUGAAGAGAGGGUUAAACGGCUCGAGCUGGAGAACAAAGGACUGAGAGAACUGCUCGGAAUCAGUCGCGAAGCAUUCCUGAUCCUGAAGAGAGAGGACGCGUCAGACAGCACGUCGCUCUCACCGCCACUGACCAACACAUAGUCGGCUCACAAAAGACCUGGAAGUGAAAACGGGACUGACCAUCCACGCUUCCACGACAAUGUGUUUGGGACGCACCAGUUUUCCUCCCAUGGAUCCACUCCACCCUGACUGCCAAAUGCCAGUGCAUCUACUGUAUCAAUCUCCUCCAGAGCUGCAUUUGAACAAUCACCUUCUCAUUACUUUGGUACUUCUUUUAGGUUUGCCGGUGUGGCGAGCAAAGCCUGUGCCACUUGCAAUAACUUGAAAGUAUGAGUGAGAUUUAAAAAAAAAAAAA